AGCCAGCAGGCGUCGGCACUGAAAACACAGCAGCGAGCGAGCAAGGGUUUCAUCUCGCGCCUCAAAUUCAAUCGUCAAUCCCAAACGACGUCGUAUGGGGCUUCUCGACCACCUCUGGGACGAUACUCUAGCAGGCCCCCGCCCCGACACCGGCCUCGGAAAACUCCGGAAACAUGCCACUUUCAGCGUCCGAUCAGAUUCCGGCAAAGAAAUUUUGAGCAGCAUCAGUCGAUCUUACGGAGGAGAGGCUGCAGAGGAUGCAGCGAAAGUGACGAGGAGCAUAAUGAUGGUGAAGCCGCCGGUUUCAGAUCAGAAGGAAUCGCCGCCGGUCUCUCCAGCCAGCGGAACACCUCCGAUCUCCCCUUUCUCCGGAUCUGGAAAAGAAGCAUUCUGGUUUAGGAAGAGAUCGACAUCAUUUGCAUUUGAGAAAUCUAGUGGAGUUGGACCCAGGAGCCCUCCACCGCUUUACGAUCUCUAGGGUGUGUUUGUUUCGAGUUUGAAUUUUGAAUAGUAAAAUAUUUGAAUUUGAAUAGUUGUAUGAUGUGAUAUAAAUAUGUAUUGACAUGUAAAAUUGAUUUUCAGUAUAAUACAAAAAAUAAAAAAUAGGUGUUUGA